AAAAGAACUGCUCACAGAUUUAUCAUACAUUGACGUGCACUUUAAACUCCGUGUUUUCAAAUCAAAUUAAAAAUCUUCUGAGAUCGAUAAUCCUCAUGCGACAAACACUUUGAUUCUUUGAGACUAUUUCAUCUCAUCCUGAGGUAACCUAAUAGAACUACUAGUAUGAUAGACUCACAGGAUGUCAACGAGGAGGAAUUGGAAGUGUUGAAGGGUGAUGCUGUGGGUAAUAGCCUAUGCAGCAGCAGCUGGAUAAUCAAGACUCUGAUGUCUCUGAGUCAGAUUGACCAACAUGGCUGGACAGAGGAGCUGGAAGAUCAGCUCUGUACUCUGUGGGAUUUAAGUAUGGAAGGGGAAGUGGUAUCUCAUCUUAUGUUAUAUGAUUUUCCUAAGAUAGCGAAAACCAUAUUGAUGACUUCUGAUGAGCCACGAUUGACUGAAAUAAUCUUAGGUAUCAUUGGAAAUGUAUGCUGUAGCAAUGAAGCUGUCGAUAUAAUAGGCAGCGAUCAAGAACUAGCUAGACAAAUUCUGUGCCAUUUAGUAUCCGACGACUCAUUAACACUGCUACAACUUAUCAGGAUCUUGCAAUUAGUUGCAUGUAAAAUCCGUCAGAAUCCCGAAUCAGAUUGGGUAACUCAUUUAACGGAAUGCAAAUUUUUCGGAGAUUCUAUAAUCUUUAUGUUAAGAAGUUCAACCAAUGAUGAUUUACUAAUUGCCGCGAUGAAUCUGCUGGAAUCUUUAUCUCAAAUAAGUCUACCAGAUGGGAACAAUUUCUUGGAAAAACUAUUUAAAAUAAACGAUUUAAUUCCUGCCCUAUUGGAAUCGUUCAUGCAGGUGAUACCUGUGGAAAAAUCGAGUUACUCCAAAUUGACAUUUGUCCAACAUUGGCUGGCGGUACUAAUUGCCAUAAUGGAAUCUGGCUCACUUGAAAUUGAGGAUUGUGAGAACGAUGAGAGGCUUUCGAAGCUGAUGGAGAUUAUGUACAGGAUAUUAAAACCAUACAACAAGACAUACAAUUUAUAUCCAAUCCAGCAACUAAGCGCCAAUAUGAUUUGUGAUGCCGUGCGCAUAUUGUUAAGUUUUCGUCGUUGUGACGUGAAUGUCUCGCCUAGAAUAGAUCACAUUAUCGCAAUGAUAAUUUUCUCCCUUAAAACAGAAUCAAAGGGAGAAGAAAAAGCCCAGAGAAAGAAUCAAGAAGAAUUAGAUCCUGGGAAACUGAUUCCUGACUUUUUAGAUUAUCUGCAUAAAUACUGGCUACAAAUUAUUGAACUCUGCACCAGCGAACAGAUUGCGGAAAUAUUCCGCCUAUGUGACCACGAAGUUCGUGAUUUACUAAUAAAUCUUGUGUGUGUACCUGAGUUUAAAGUAUCACCUGAGUCGCUUGAUAAAGUGAAGAAAGCUGCUGCUGUUAUUGAAAGAUCUUAAAAAGAAAGACAUUUCUUAAGUAUGUUAUGUGUAAUAUAUUAAAAAUAUAAAUUUUUUUUUAGUUUUAUAUGAACGUAUCUAAAUAUAUUUUUAUAUAUUUAUUUUUACAAAAAGCAACAUUUAAGUAACGUAACGUACAAAAUUGCAACUACUGAAAUCAGCUGAACUAUAAAAUGUACCAUAAUUAUACAAAGGUUAUAAUUAUAAUUAUAUUUAAUUCCAUUCUAA